CACAGAAUGACGUCGCUUGCCAAGUCUCUUGCUGACUCCCGCACUCUGUUUUUAUCAGUGCUCUGUCAGAAAGGAACAAAAUCAGAAAUCCAAAGUUUAAGGGAGAUUUGUGAAAAAAUAACAAGAAAAGCUAUUUGGGGUUACGUUUGGGUGUUCUAUUAUCAUUCGUCUGUUUGGAUUACGACUAAUACUGAGAUACGCAGCUGUAUACUUCUGCGCUGGGAACUGUCAGAACUGAAACUAGUGGAUGUAUGGAAACAGAAAAUUGUAAUUUCUACUCUGGGAGAUAUCGGGAAAAAAACAACAACCCUUUUCCCUUUGGCUCACCAGGAACACAUACACCUGACCAAGCUGAAUGUAGUUGAGAAGGUAUACCCAUGAAACAACUAUGGAGACCAAAAGACACCAACGCUUCCUUGAAGCAAUAAACAAUGAGCAAAGGUGGGGUCAGGUGCCUAAAUCAAUGGAGAACAGCUGUUCUUUGGAUGGAAAUCAGAUCGAAGAUAAUGCAUUGAUGGAGAGCUUAAAUGUCACAACUACUGGCUUCAAGGAAAAUGGUGGGAAAAAGUUGGAACAGGCUCCGGCUUUUCAGCAUCUGAGUCCGAAAUUUGUUUUCCCAGUUUUAAAUAUUAACACAAAUGUUAAGUUGGAGACAGACUCCAAGGAACUUUCCAAAACUGUGGCUGAGUCUAUGGGCUUGUAUAUGGACUCUGUAAGAGAUGUAGAUUAUAAUUUUGGCCAACAGAAUCAACAAGGACAUUCAAGCCCUGUGAAGGCUUAUCCAAACAGCGGGCAGCAGAUUUAUAAAAGCGAAGAGAAUCUGUCUGUGUCAGCUAUGAGCCCCAAAAUGAACACUUUGGGUUCACUUAUCUCAUCCCCUUUCUCUGCAAUCUCCAACCUAUCUAAUAGUAAUUCUAUGGAGCGCUCAGCCAGCAGCCCAGCCAACACCAGCAAUAUGGCUGCUUCUGUUUAUAGUCCCCAGAACACAAACACCUCUAUUUCCAGCCCUGUCAGUAAUAAUCUGGUGUCUUCAACCACCAGCCCUCUUGUGGAUCCUUGUACUGCUGUCAGCAGCCCCAUUGACUACAGCGCUGGGGUAUCAAACCUUGCUAAUGUACAUGCAAGAAACUCUGCUGCUUGUAGUCCCACAAAUACCAGUAAUAUGGGCUCUCCACUUUCAAGUCCUCUCAAUACUAUGAGAUCGCCCAUCUCGAGUCCCCAAAGUAUGUGCAGUGUGAAAUCUCCUGCCGUGAGCACUGCUAACAUGAGAUCUUCAGUACCAAGCCCUAUUGGUAAAAAUGUUAACAAUAACAACAUGAGAUCCUCCAUUUCAAGUCCUUCGGCUGUUACAAAUAUGGUUCAGAAUGAUAUUAACAGUCCAGAUGACAGAGACCAGGAUAUGAAAAGGUUUGAAUUUCCAAAGGUUGAAAAAACAGACGGUGAAAUAUAUAGUUGUGGGGUAGACGUGAUGGGCAAGUUCAUAAAAAAUGAACCUGGCACUGGUUUUGGUAACAUGUGUCUCUUAAGUGACAACAAGCCAAACUUACCCAGUCCUCAUUUUGUCACACAUAUUAAGAAUGAAUCGGAUAAAGGCUCAUCUUGCCUGAAUGCACACUAUAACGGACAGCAGCAACCUUUAACCCCCUUUCCUGUUUCAGAAACCACUUACUUGUCUUUGAGGGACAAUAUAGAUGAAUACAGCCUUUCUGGGAUUUUAGGACCACCUAUUGCUUCAUUAAAUGGCAAUUACGAACAUGAGGCAUUUUCUAACAAUGUCCUGCCUAAGAGAAUUAAACAGGAGCCUGACGAUGGCUGCUAUUACCAAGAGAAUAAUAACAUGCCGACAUCGGCUAUUGUUGGAGUUAAUUCAGGUGGACAUUCAUAUCAUUACCAGAUUGGAGCGCAAGGAGCAAUGUCUUUUUCACAACCUGAUGCAAGAGACCAAUCAAACCCUCCUCUAAAUCGAAUUUCUCCUGUUACGGCUGUGAUGGAGUCAUGGAAGUCUCACCCUGGCCUAUCACAAGGCUCUCUGCCAUCAAGGGGCGAUGGCUAUCUGCUGCAGAGAUGUUUUCCAGAAAACAUGAGCUCGUCAAUGAGAAAUUCCUCUUCCAGUUCAUCAGCCCCUGCAAAGGUGUGCUUGGUGUGUGGGGACGAGGCUUCUGGAUGUCACUAUGGGGUCAUUACCUGUGGCAGCUGCAAGGUUUUCUUCAAAAGAGCCGUAGAAGGACAGCACAACUACCUGUGUGCAGGAAGAAAUGACUGUAUUAUUGACAAGAUUCGUCGGAAAAACUGCCCUGCUUGCCGGGUACGGAAGUGUCUCCAGGCUGGAAUGAACUUAGGAGCACGGAAGUCAAAGAAGUUGGGGAAAAUAAAAGUGGUAAACGAAGAGCAGCCGCUGCGGAGCCCAAAGGAAGGCCAGACAUACUUGACUUCAGAGAAGGAGUUAAGCACCAGCACCACUCUCGUCCCUCACGUUCCCGGCAUAACGCCAUACCUUCCUCCAUCCAUCAGCAGUAUCCUGGAAAUCAUUGAACCAGAAGUCGUGUAUGCAGGCUACGACAGCACCCAGCCUGACACAACAGACCACCUGCUCUCCAGUCUCAACCAGCUGGCCGGGAAGCAGAUGAUAAAUGUCGUCAAGUGGGCGAAAGUACUUCCAGGAUUCAGAAGCUUGCCAAUUGAGGACCAAAUUACCCUCAUUCAGUACUCUUGGAUGUGUCUUUCGUCAUUCAGCCUCAGCUGGAGAUCAUAUAAACAUACCAACGCUCAGAUGUUGUAUUUUGCACCUGACCUGGUCUUCAAUGAGGAGCGGAUGCAGAAGUCAGCAAUGUACGAUUUGUGUCAGGGUAUGCGGCAGGUGAGCCAGGAGUUUCUGCGGUUGCAACUUACCCACGAAGAGUUUCUUGCCAUGAAAGUACUGUUGCUGUUGAGCACGGUUCCCAAAGACGGUCUCAAGAACCAUACUGCGUUUGAGGAAAUGAGAGUAAACUACAUCAAAGAGCUGAGGAGGGCUGUGGGUAAGGCUACCAACAACUCCGGACAGACGUGGCAGAGGUUCUACCAGCUGACUAAACUGCUAGAUGCCAUGCAUGAUCUGGUGGGCAGUCUGCUGGAUUUCUGCUUCUACACGUUCAGAGAGUCCCAGGCCCUGAAAGUGGAGUUCCCCGACAUGCUGGUGGAAAUAAUCAGCGACCAGAUACCAAAGGUGGAAGCUGGCAUGACCCGGACACUGUACUUUCACAAGAAGUGACUGAAAAACAGAGCAUCUUCAAGAAGGACUUUGCCUUAAAGUGUCCUAUUUUAUUCCACACCCACAAGCUCUUCAGCUCCGGAGCUUGUCUGGAGGGAAUGUCCAAGGAGAAGGAGGGUUUAAUUCUUGCACUGAAUUUUUUUUUAUUAUUAUUAUUUUUUUUAGAUUAUACCCCCAAAGACUAUGACAUGGAUAAAAAGCCAUAUAUAGUUGUUGUCGACACCCCCAACUUAAACCCUGGUAAAGCUUAAUUAGCUACUGAGGCGUUCGUGUUUUUUUUUUUGUUUAUUUUUUAUUAAAGUUUACAGUGUGGAGCAAACCAGGAGGUUGACUGCAUUGUACAAAUUUACACAACUCCAAAACCAGAUUUCUGUUUUUGUUUUGAAAGUGAAUGCGUUCAAGGCACCUGAAAAGGUCUGAGCAACAAUUGAGCAGGUUUGUCCAUUUUGGUGAACUUUCCAAAGGGCUAAAAUUACUGGAUUUUUUUAUUUUUUAUUAUUAUGAUUUAAAUACAAAAAUAGAAAAUAGAAAUUGUUAUUUCAGUUAAUUCCCAAUAGGGCAGUAAUGCACACAUUUACACACACACUAUAUCUCAGAAUAGAAAAGAUUGCAUUUAAAUGUACAACACACUAAAAUACACUAUAUCUAGCUGAAAUUGCCAUUUUACCCUUUUUAUGUUAUAUAAUAACAUGAAUUUGUUAUUGUACAUUUUUUUCAAUAUUAUCAUAAUGAGAGCUAUAUUGCAAUGGCUCAAGAAAGAUAUUUAAAUAUUUUUUGAAAAUAAUAAACACAUGGUAGAGUGAUUGGCAGGAGGGGGAAUUGAAACCUGAGCCCACUUGCUGUAUCAUUUGCCAUUUUACUUUUUGCUGGGAUUUUUUUUCCAGUUUAUUGAAUCAAACAUAUGUGUGUGGGUUUAUUACACUGGUAUAUAAGCUAAAUAAUACAUUGCUUUACAUAUUAGGAAUUUAUUAACAAUGCUACUUAAUUUUAAAAUAUUAUAUUUAGUCUGAUAAAUCACCAAAGUAAAACCAGCUUUUCAUGGAUAAUAAAUUAAUCACUAAUACUUUAUUUCAAGGUUCUAGUAAUAAAACAUUUGUAAAUCUAUCAAUAUGCAUUUUAUAAAAUGAUGUAAACACAUUUUCUAAACAGGUGCUUAUUUUGUUACAACAAAGCAGACAUGGAACACGUGUAUGGCGAGUUUUAUCAGAAAAAGAAACUUGUUAUAACACACAGUGUUGAUAAUGGUGUUAAUGACAAACUUAACACAUUAAUACUGGAACCUGUAAAUAAAGUUGUACAAUAAAAGGGUGAUUAUUUUGGCAAUUUGUGUUUUUAUCUGCAAAGAGCUGCCAAAUGUUCAAAAAAUCAAUUGUUUAAAACACUUUAAAACAGUUUAAUAUUGUAAAAUAAAUACUGACAACCCCCCCACCCCCCCUACCCCCCUUUUGGACCAUUUGAUUUCUUACCAACCUCUGAAAUCAAGUAGCCAGAACUUUUGAGAAUAGAGCAGGAGCACAGACAUUUUGGCAAUUAGGGCAAAUUGAAGUUGAUCCACUUCAUCUUCAGGGCAUUUUUCUUUUUAAAUCUAGUAUUAUGUACUUCCUAUUGUCUACCUUAAGAAUGGUACAUGUGGUUAUGGGGCAUUAGUAUUAAUUUAUUGUAUAAACGUGUAAGGCAGAUGGUGUGGAAUUAAGGAGUUUUUUCACCUAUGAUGCUGUAGUUGCUGUUUAACGUGACCCAACAAUGAGGGGCUUCAGGAUUGGUUCAUAUUUUAACCCACAUUAUGGGGGAAUUAUGUUACAGCAAACGACAGAGUCUAAAAAACAAACUAAUUAAUUUUGCAAGCUUUUACAGAUUAUUUUUGCAAUCUUUUGCUGCUCUGUAUAUUGCUGUGUUUUUUUGAAUGACCUGAAAAAAGCUGUUAAGGAUUUUUUUUUUAAUAAAUGAGAAAAAAAAAAACUUUAAUGGUUAAUAGGAAGAAUGGUAGAGUAUUUUUGAAAGAAUUCUAUUUUGCUGGAUAAAUACUAUUUAAGUAAUUUGUCUAAAAAAGUUUUUUUUUUUUUGUAAAGUGAAAUGUUUAUGCAUGCUUAUUGAAGAGAUGUUUACGUGUAUUUACGAAAGGGAAAGUUGUGCCUUUUUAUCUUAUCUAACCAUUUUACAUUGUCUGUUGUAAAUAACCGCAGUGUUAUUGGUUACUAUCAAGCGUUUGUACUUUGUCUGUUGUUUGACAAUAUUUGUAGUAGGGUUGGGACAAUAUUGAAAAUCUCUGAAAUGAUAAUUGCGGGAUAAACAAAAUUCGAUAAUUGCAAUUAUCUUGGUGUUUGCUCAUUUAGAUUCCACUGGUUAUACAAAUAUAAAAUACCGAGGACAGGUUACCUGGGAUAAUUAAGUGUCUGGUUUAAAAAAAAAAAAAAAAAAACAGAAACGCAUGCACAUUGAUACUGCUCAGUUUAUUUUAAAUGUAUUUCCCUUUUUGCUAAAAUACAAUUUCUGUGUUGUGUUCUUUGUACACAUUACAUCAAAUAGUAUACAAAUAGUAAAAUCAAAUGAAUGUGCAGAGCAUCGUUUUACUUUAGCCUAUAGGCUACUGUAAAUAAGAACAGUAACACACAAAAUAAAUCCUGCCUUCUCUAGACUGUACACAUUACUGUAGAAUUCAGAAAUAAUAAAAGAUUAUUUUAAGUUGAAAUUAAAGGAAUUUAACACACUUUCUUUUUACCCUACUUAAUAGUACACGAAACAACAAAAUAGUUCAUGUUGAUGCAUUAACAAGCUAUGAUACCAUACAGUACCUUUACAUAGAAUAGUAUACAGUGUAUGAGUGGCUGUAAGAAAAACACAUAGCCUACCUGCUAUUUUCUAAAAUGGUCCACAAUUGUUUUCUGUUGGUAUGAUAUAAGCCCCUGUCACACUGGCAGUCCUACCUGGGUCCCGACCCAGGUUCUGGCUACCCGGGUCCCAAUCCCAUGUAGUGUGAAACCACAUACCUGGGUCGUACCUGAGUCCCAGCGACCCUCCUCAGGAUAUGGGCCAACACAUUUUGACCCGGGUUGAGUGAGACAAAAUGCACGACGGCCGUUCGUGAGCCGACAAAAUAACAAACAGCCACGUCUGUGUGAGGGUUUCACUUCCGCAAGGAACGUUUCUGUUUAUUCUGUUUAGCCAUUUUUUUUGUUUCUUGAGACACAGUAUGAUCCAGAUUGCAGCAGGGAUGAAGAAACAUUUGCUCUAACCAACAUUUGGGAUGACGGUUCAAUCCAGAGAAGCUUGGAUGGAAGCGUCCGUAACAAGCUGCUUCCGGGGCAUUGAUACACACAUUGUGUACUUGCGUCUGUCACCCAGGUCAAUCGCUUUAUCAAAAGCAGUGUGAAAUUGUAUAGCUGACCCACAUGACACAGAGACCUGACACAGGUAGGUUCCGACCCAGGUAGAGCAUGCCAGUGUGAAAGGGGCUUUAGUGUAGCAUAUUUUGCACAUAGGGUACCUCCAUUUCCUCCAAGAAUACCAAAAUAGAUACUGAACUUGUAGCAUUUUUCUUUUUUAUUGAGCUGUUUUGAAAGAGAGUGCCCACUGCUGCUUUUACUCCCCGCCUUUUCUCAACGAAAUCUCACAAAAGCCUCACAACCGCUGGGUCAUCGUUAGGGAGGAAGUGGCGGCUGCUCAAACACUACAAGACGUUCUAAUUAAAUAUUACUAGAACAGAUGGAAUACUUGGAAUUACUUGUGGAAUAAUUAAACAAAAAUAGCAUACAAAAUACAGCUGUCAUUAAAAAUCGUCACAAUGAAUACAAUAUCCUACAUUUCCGAUAACUCAGUAAUUCUUUUUAUAAUGCAAUUUUUUAUGUGACUUCUGUUUGAUAUGCUAUUACUGAGUUAUCGUAAAUCGUCCCAACCCUAAUUUGUAGUAUAUGUGGCUCCCACCAUAGAAAAUCUGCUUUUUCUGGUAUAUUAGGAUGUUAGGAAUUGUUGCUACCUGGCCCAAGAGAUGCUAACAGGACACAGUUUAGAGAAAAAGGGGAAUGUAAGAGGGGAUGGUAAACUACCUGAAUGUGAGACUAAUUCAAGCCUUUGCGUUAAGAGUUAAUUUAAAGAUUUUUUUUUGUAUUAUUAUUAUUAUUAUUAUUAUUAUUAUUAUUAUUAUUAAUGUUGUUGAUUUUAAUAUUAUUAUGAUUAUGAUUAUUAUUAUGUAGAAUUUUGUUUUAGCCAGUGUUAACUUGGCAAGAAAUUCAAAGUAGCUGAAUUAUAGUGUACGGAAGGAUAUGUUUUAUGAUACAUUUCAAAACACAGGUACAUGAACUACAUGUAUUUACACAGUUGUUUCUAAUAUUUACUGCAUGCAUUUAUCACACUGGUGUGUGAUUGUGAGAAUGGAACUCCAUACAUGCAUUUAAGUUAUUCUCCCAAUCAUAUAUUUGUGUUGUAAAAUCAUGUACUGUGUUAAAUAAUGUAACAAAGGUGUAAGCACAGUGUAGCUGCAGCAGUGUAGUUGAAGUAGCUAUAUUCUGAAGUGUAUCCGGAUACAUUUUCUUCUCUAGCCUUCUUUUUUUUUUAACUUGUGUGAAAUCAUUCUGAAAUCAGACUAAAUGAUCAUGGUUUGUGUUAUUAGUUACAAGAACACUAGACGCAAGCAGAUUUAUAAAGGGUUUGCGUUCUAAUUCUAAUAGAACAUAACAUUCGCUAGCUUAACAUACAUAUCCUUGUAUGUUAAGUAAACAUCAAUUUGGUUCAUCAUUUAUACUGUACAAAAACAUACAAUGUAUUACUGUCCAAAGGUUCACAUAACAAUUUCCCUUUCAAGUACGAAAUGUAUUGGGUUAACCUAUUACGUCCGAUUCAACAGAACACCUCAACCAAAGCUGCGUCUUACGUCCCGCUGUGUCAGCGCACCUGUCUCCACCCCUGCAGGAGAUAAAACUGCGUGCAGGACAGCGCUCAGCACCAUUUUCUAUUUCAGCCUUUUCAGCUUACACAGAGAGUGAUCCAGCAUUCGAGAGAGUGAAAAUGCGCUAUCUUUGACCAGAAGCAGUCUGAUAAGUCUAUCUUAUUUUAUUUCUGCUUGUUUUUUACCCUUAGGAUAAACUGCUGAGGCAAAAAAUUGUUUAAAUAAUUGUGUUUUUUACCGUGAGUCUGUUUUCGCGGCCCUCUGGCCAGCGGCAGCAGCGGGCUUGCCUGCUCCUGCACCUGCAGAUCGGUACACAGUAUUAUUAAUAUUACCGCACCGUUCCGUACCGUACUGUGCAUACUGUACCGUGUUCCCGCACCAUGCAUCAUAGUGUACUGUACCAUACCGUACUGUACUGUGCUCCGUACACCAUACCAUGCCAUGCAUACCGUACGGUGCUCCUGCAUCAUGUUGCGCUGUGCACCAUACUACACCAUGCUGCAACAAUGCCUGGGUUCCAUUCUUGCUCGACCUGCAAGAAGCCUAUCCCUUCAGAGGAUAAGCACGACCAAUGUGUAUGGUGUCUUGGUGCUGAGCAUGCUCUUCUGCAGUGCUCCUCUCAGAGAUAUAUGUCACUGCCAGCAGAUCAUGCUCCAGUCGAAAAACGACAGCAGAGGGGCAAAAGGCAUUGACCUCAUCCUCCCUCUGAGUUGUAGGAAGGUUAGCUGCCACCAUUCCCUAAGCGACCCAGCCAUGUGAUCCAUCUGGAAGGAUUCUCAUGUGGGAAGCUGCGGUGUGGCCAGCGCAACCCGCCCCUGCUUCGCCUGUGGUGCAAGCAGCUGUUGCUGCGCGAGAGUGCGUGCAAGAUGACUCCAUGUCCCUCACUUUCUCGGGAACUCCUGAGGAGCUAGAGGAAUCUCAACUGGAGGAGCUGGAGGAGGAUGAGCCACUAGUGCCUCACCCCUUCUCCGCAGAGCUCACAGCUUUAUUGAAGAGCCACCACAGCACUGGAAGUGCCGUGGCCUGAGGAGUCCAAGCUGGUGCUCCAUUUUUGAUAUUAUUAUUAUUAUUAUUAUUAUUAUUUGUUUAUUUAGCAGAUGCCUUUAUCCAAAGCGACUUACAGAGACUAGGGUGUGUGAACUAUGCAUCAGCUGCAGAGUCACUUACAACUAUGUCUCACCCGAAAGACGGAGCACAAGGAGGUUAAGUGACUUGCUCAGGGUCACACAAUGAGUCAGUGGCUGAGGUGGGAUUUGAACCGGGGACCUCCUGGGUACAAGCCCUUUUCUUUAACCACUGGACCACACAACCUCCUAGGCCCUCAGUUCCAUCUAAAAGGACCUUGAUGCCCCCUGUGCACCCAGACUUUCAGUAUGAGGUCCAAUCAACUUGGGGACACCCCGCGACAGCCCCAGUCGUCCCCAGGGUUACUGACCUGUUAUAUCGGGUCCACGACACGGAGGUGUUGAGACUUGGCCACUUUCUUCCUGUCGCAGCAUCCAUUGCCUCCCUUGUACAAGGCACACAUCCGGCAGUCCUUUCCAAAGAUGUGUCAUGCCAUAACAAACUGUGCAAGGUCACGAAGCUCUAGCUACACGGCUGGGUAACUACAUGAGCAUCCUGGUGGCUUACCAGUCGAUGCAUGUACAGAGCUUGUCAGUGAAUAACAUGCCCCCCCAGCGGACGCUAGAGGAGCUGAACCUGGUCACUAACCAUCUGCUGCAACUGUCCAAAUACAAUGGACAGUCUCUUUGCCAAGGCCUCGCAGCACUGAUAGCUGCUCAACGGCAGCUUUGGCUCUCCCAGGCACGAGUGCCUGAUGGGGACAAGGCCUCCCUUUUGGAUGUCCCAGUCACACCAGGCAAUAUGUUCAGUCCAGCGGUGGACGAACUUUUGCUGAACUCCCAGAAGGCGCGCAAAUCCACCAAAGAGCUGGUUUGCUUGCUGCCUUUGAAAGGCUUCUCAAGCCAAGAAGCAAAUGGCACCUUGGUGUCCUAGGGCUCAGCAGCCCCAGACUCAGAGGCCAACAGUGCCUGCAGGUUGGGGGCCUCCCCACCAUAGGGGCGGCCAGACACAGAGGGGGCACCGCCCCAAUACCGCCUUAUGCACAAAAAGCAACCAUGAAACCACCAGCGGCCUUGCAGCAGCCCCAGGGGUUUGCAGCCACAGGUCCAGGGCCCUUAUUCAAGGAGCCAACUGGAUUACUGCUGAUCAAGCACCACAGACAUCUGGGUGCUCACCACAGUACAGCUCGGCUACUCGCUUUACUUCAAACGGGGCCCUCUCCCCUUUUUGGGAGUGGUUACGACUUCUGUCUCCAACCCUCAAGAUGCCCUGGUAGUGUUCCAAGAGGUGAAGACCCUGUUACAAAGAAGGGCUAUUCAGGUAAUAGACCCCCUCUGAUUUGGAGUCAGGGUUUUACUCCAGGUACUUCCUAGUGCUGAAAAGAGAUGGCAGCCUACGGCCCAUUCUCGACCUCAGAGCUCAAUCUGUUCUUGAGGCGCAGGAAGUUCAAGAUAAUGACAAUGAAACAGCUCUUGCGGUCUUGUCAGAAUGGGUGGCUGGAUCACUAUGGUGGACUUGAAAGACACCUACUUCCAUGUCCCGAUAAGACCGGGCCACAGGAAAUAUCUGCGUUUCUCCUUUCAAGGGACUGCUUAGGAGUUCCAUGUUCUGCCACUUUGCCUUUUUCUAGCCCCUCACACCUUUUCAAAGUGCAUGGAGGCUAUCCUGUUCCCUCUGAGGCUACAAGGCAUCAGUGCUCAACUACCUAGACUACCUGGAGUCUCCAGCGCAGGUAGUAGCGCACACGGAACUGGUGACCGCUCACCUUGACAGGCUUGGCCUGAUGGUGAACUUGCCAAAAAGCCAGCAGGUACAACCCCAGACUACCAUCUACCAAGGAACCUGCUUGAACUCAAGCAGCAUGAUCGCCAGUCUGUCGAGGACAGAAUCCAGAGGAUCCACAUGUGACUGAGGCUGUUUCAGCCCGGCGUGUCAUGGGAGGUCGUCACCGGGUAUCACAGGGUGAAUCAUCCCCUCUUGCAACCACAACCGUGGUGGCUUACAUCAACCACCAGGGCAGCCUAUGCUCGCCCCGCCUCCAUCAGGUAGCCCACAAAAUCUUAUUAUAGGCUCACGAGCACCUGCUCUCCCUGAGAGCGAUACAUUUGCCAGGAGCAGAAAAAUACGCUGCAGACCUCCUAUAAAGGGGCUUCCCGUGCGACUCAGAGUGGAGACGCCACCCCGAGGUGAUAAGCCUUAUUUGGGGCAGGUUCGGGAGAGCAGAGGUCGACCUCAUGGCCUCCCUGGAAUCCGCUCAUUGUUCCCUCUGGUACUCCAUUCUGGGGAACGGGUCCGCUGGGAGGCGACGCCCUUGCACACAAGUGGCCGAGGACUCUCCUUUAUGCCUUUCCACCGGUAGUAUUGCUUCAAAUGUGCCUGGAAAAAAUCAGGCAGAAAUGAGCCAUGGUGCUUUAGUGGCCCCAUACUGGCCCAGGAGAAUGUGGUUCUCCACGCUUGUGCAGCUAUUGCGCCACCAGCCUUGGUAAUUGUCCACACGCCCCGACCUGCUAAGCCAGGUGCAGGAGACGUUGGGCACCCCAACCCACCGAGCCUACAGCUCUGGGUCUGGCCCCUGAACGGCUCCGGUUCAGCCAGUUAGGCUUUUCGGAGAGAGUCAAAUAGAGUCAGAAUGCAAGAGCUGCUUCAACAUGCUCUCAGUAUGGAUACAUGUGGGGUGUGUUCCAAAGUUGGUGUUUGGCACAUCAGGUUGAUCCCAUGACUUGCCCUAUGUCAGUUAUUCUGCAUUUUUUGCAGGACCUUUUUGAUGAGGGUAAGACCCCCUCGACUCUGAAGGUUUACUUGGCAGCCAUCUCGGCUUGCCAUGUUAAAAUUGACUCAGUGUCCCCGGGGGUUCACUUUCUGGCUGGCCAGUUUCUGAAAGGGGCACGGAGGCUUCAGCCUCCUUUGAAGUUCCUCAGUGGCGGUUAAAUGUCAUGCUGCGUGCACUCACGCAGCGUUUUUACUUGCCAUCACCUCCACUAGACACGUGAGUGAGAUACAAGCAUUUUCAGUGGUAAAAGCUUGUUUGUUUUCUACGGAGUCUAGGACUAAGGUCAUACUCCAUAUGAAUCCGGCCUGUGUGCCCAAAUGCCUAUCAGUCAGUGGAAUUGGAGGCUUUUCAUUCUCCACCAUUCCAGUCGGCUCCAUACGUUUUGUCCGGUUAGGGCAUUAGGGCGUUGACAGGACAAAAAGUUGGCGCCAAUCCGAGCAGCUGUUUAUAUGCUUUGGAGCUAAGAACCAAGGUCAAGCCCUGUCAAAACAGAGGCUGUCCAAUUGGAUAGUGGAGACAGUCCCCCCAAGAGAAGGUCACAGGUCAUUCCACCACGGGUCUUGCUACCUUUUGGGUGUUCUUUCAGGGUGCAUCGGUCUCUGACAUUUGCGAUGCAGCGGUGUGGCCACUCCUCACAACCUUCAGAAGGUUUUACAGGCUUAAUGACCUGGAUCCUUAGAACCCUGUCUUUGGAACCAGAGUGCUGAAAGCGGCAUCUCAGCCGGACUCAGAAGCACAUGCAUGAGGCAAUUAUGCGUUCUGUGGCGGUUACCGUGCUUUAUAAUUAUGGCAAGCCAUUGGUCUCGCCCAUUUGGCUGUUCUGUGAGUCAUGUCCUUGCGACGGCUGGGGUAUACUUACCCAUUGUGUAAUGGAAUACAUUGCGUACUUGAAAGGGAAAGUUAUUAUCACAACCCUGGUUCCCUGAAAUAGAAAUGUAUCCAUUACAAUUCUUUGGUUGCUGCGUACAUUCUAUGCAGUAGGCUGAAGAAAAUGUAUGGUGCUGAGCACCGUCCUGCACGCAGUUUUGUCUCCUGUGGGGGCGGAGACAGAUGUGCUGACGUCACAGGUGGAAGACGCAGCUUUGGUAGAGGUGUUCAGUUGAAUCGGGAGUAAUAGGUUAACCCAUUGUGUAAUGGAUACAUUUUUAUUUCAAGGAACUGUGUUAUUGACGGGGGAAAAUCACAGUAUACAGGACUUGCUCUAAAUCAACAAUAUAGCUUGUGUUUCUUCCAAUAGUGAAUCAGCCCAAAUCUUUUUUUGUUACACAGUACCUUUUAAUUAGAAUGUAGACAUUUUUAUUAAACUGCAUUUGUUGGUCUGUUCACUUGCUUUUUCAUUUAGUUGUUCAGUAAUCAUUACAACUUGAAGAGACUAACAGGGAUGCCACUUUUUUUUAAUUUAUACAUCUAAAUGGGAUUUUGCCUUGUUCUGAGAUUUGUCUGAAGGGGCAGGUCACACAGUAAGUCAGUGGUUGAGUUUAAAAAACAGAAUCUCUUUCUGUCUCAAAACCACAAAUCUGUGCAUCGGCCACUCUAUACUCUGCCCUGUCUAUACUGAAAUUGUUCAACAAUAAUCAAUGUAAUCCAAUAGAAACCAAAAAAGGAGAUACACAGAAGGUCAAUAGAAGAAGUCAAGUGAAAAUGCCUGGGUUUGUUUUGACUGUUACAAGUUUAAGGUGCACACUUACAGUGAGCCCUUCUGCAGCCUCCAAGCCUGUACGUUCAGCCAUGUAGCUAUAGAGAACAGUUUAGUCCAGAUUAUAGUUUAUAUACCUUUUUUUAAAUAAAUAACGGCAGGGCUUUUACAUUAGUAUUGGCUGGUAAGUGCACACUAACUGUGUGUUUCAUAUGCAAAUAAAUAAAUAAAUAAAUAAAUAAACAAACAAACAAACAACUAAAAACAUGCUUUCAUUGUCAUCCGUGUGCUGCAGUCCGCCCUGGCUUUUUUCCCCAAAACGUGCAUCUGUGGUGAUCUUUUUAAUUCACAAGACAUAUAAAGCAGAUCAGCCUGGCUCAAUGCCUUUCAUAGAGAUAUCAUGUGAUAAUAAAGGCUGUUCACUUGGUGGAAUCUGGUUUUAAUUUUACAAAUGAUAAAAAAGAAAAAAAAAUGGAAAGUUUAUAUAAAGAACAACUUUCCAAAAAGUGAGAAUCAACAGCACAUGCUGUUUCUGCUCAGAAAUAAAGUUUCACAUGUAUGCAGUUAAGAUGUGCCCCAUUUCAGCUUGUAUUCCUCUGCUAGAUUCUUCACUUUCUGGGAGCUAAUAUUAAUCUCUUUUUUAAUUUGUCAACAAUUGGAUAGAGCACUGAAAGUACACAGCGCUAACAAAAAAAAUUCCAGUAAAUCUUACCUAAUAUGAAAAGAAUUACUAUCAUUCCGUAGGUCUGCCAUUUCAAAUAUGCAAUGUGUAAUAUUAUUAUUAUUAUUUGUUUAUUUAGCAGCCACCUUUAUCCAAGGCGACUUACAGAGAUUAGGGUGUGUGAACUAUGCAUCAGCUGCAGAGUCACUUACAAUUACAUUUCACCCGAAAGACGGAGCACAAGGAGGUUAAGUGACAUGCUCAGGGUCACACAAUGAGUCAGUGGCUGAGGUGGGAUUUGAACCGGGGACCUCCUGGUUACAAGCCCUUUUCUUUAACCACUGGACCACACAGCCUCAAUAUUGUAAUGUGUUUGUAUUUUAUGUGAGACCUACAAAAGGAUGGUAAUACAUAUAAUGUAAUAUUUACUGGAAUUAUUGUUAGCUCAAUGUACUUUAAGCCAUAUUGCCAACAUGACACAGUCUUUCACGUGUAUCUGUCCUGUUACAGUAUGUUCUUUGUUUUUACAAUGCGUUGUACAAUAUGUGUUAGGUAUUAUCCAUAAUACAUUAGUUCUUUCAUUAAAAUGCAGAUUAAAUAAUUAGGUUACUUCUGUCUUUAUGCAGAUAUGUUUAUAACUGUGUUAGGGAUUCAAAUAAAUCCUUUAACCAAUA